CGUGCACUCUGCAGCUGCAGCUGCACGCGCAAAUGUCGGCCGCAGCCGCCACCUGCGACGUCUCCCAGUUCGUCAACGUCUCGCUCUCCGAUGCCAUCUCGCGGGCCAUCAGCGCCGCCGAGGCCGAAGCCGCCGGGCCGCCUGCAAUGAGGGGCUGCCACUUUUACAGUUCUAUGAACAGCAGAGGCUGUAAGAUGCAGAUGACGUCGGCGUCGGCGUCGGCGUCCGUGUCGGCGGCGCUGAGCUGCGUGAUGCUGGCGGCGGUGGCGGGCGCGCUGCUGCCGCCCGACAACACGGGCCUGGUGGGCGUGCCCCCGGAGCGCGACCACGCCCCCUCGCUCAACUUCUGGGUGGGCGCGCCCAAGCCGCCCGUCCGGCCGCGCCGCAAGGACCUGCACGACGAGACGCUGCUGCGCAGGCUCGGCAGUGACUUCGACCCCCGGUGGAUGCGGCGCGCGCACACCCCCUUCCAGAGCGCGCCCCCAAUCCGCGAGGAGGAGCGGCCGUCGGUGUCGCAGCUGCGGCGCCUGGCCGACCAGCUGCCGCUGCCCGAGUCGCUGCCGGCGGAGCUGCGGCCGGCGCUGCGCGCGUGGCUGGUGGCGCGCGCCUCCUGCCCCAUCUCGUUCGCCUGGACCGACCUGGGCGUCGAGUUCUGGCCGCGCUGGGUGCGGCGCGGCCUCUGCGGCGACUCGCAGGCGGGAGGCGCCGGGGGCGGCGCGGGUGGCGGCGCCGACUCCGCCGAGAGCCGCGCGCCACGCAUCCUCGACGGGCUGCUCGUCGACGAGGACGACGACGGCGACACCGUCGGCGAGGACGCGCUGGCGCCGGGCCGGCGCUCCGGGGACUCCGGCGGCGAGGGCGCGGCGGGGGCGGCGGCGGCGGUGCUGGGGGCGGCGCUGCAGGGCAACGCGAGCGACGCGCGCCGCGCCUGCUCCUGGCCGCCCGGCAUGACCUGCAAGCCGGGCGUCGCGCGCAACCUGCACAUCCUGCGCUGGCACUGCAGGCUGCGCAAGUCCUUGGAGACGAACAAAGUCUGGACGGCGGAGAGGCUGCGCAAGGAGGUGGAACGGCGCAAGAAGCGGCGCAAGAAGUACCGGUGCACGUGGCUCAAGGUGCCGUACCCCGUGCCGGAGGACUGCGAGUGCGCCUGCUCAUGA